AUGAAUACUGCUAAAUCCUUAUUGAAAUCAGUAUUGCUAUUACUUCUCUCCCUUCUUUUCCCAAUUUGUGUUUCCCUUGAUACCAUAACACUGGACCAGCCCAUCAAGGAUGGUCAAACUCUAGUCUCAAACCAAAAAACCUUUGUACUUGGAUUUUUCAGCCCUGGCAAUUCCAACCGCCGCUACGUUGGAAUUUGGUAUUACCAAAUUACCGAACAAACCAUUGUGUGGGUUGCAAAUAGACACAAUCCCCUCAAUGAUAGCUCGGGAAUCCUAUCCAUCAACAGUCACGGAAACCUUGUCCUCCACACCCAAAAUCAAACCCUUCCUAUUUGGUCCACGAAUAUUGCUUCAGUCUCAUCAACAAACUAUUCUAUCUCUAUGGUUCAGCUCUUAGAUGUCGGAAAUCUUGUUUUGGUUCAACAACAUAGCCAAAGGGUCUUAUGGCAAAGCUUUGAUUAUCCCACCAAUACUAUUCUUCCUUUUAUGAAAGUUGGGCUGGAUCGGCAAACUGGGUUAAGCCGAUACUUAACAUCUUGGAAGUCCCAAGAUGACCCGAAAAUAGGUAAGUACUCAUUUAAACUCGAUCCAAUUGGGUACCCCCAAUUGUUGUUAUACAAGGGUCGGACUCCAUUGUGGCGGGGCGGAACUUGGAGCAACCAAGGAUUGGCCGGUGUACCAGAAAUGAAAUCGAAAUUAUAUAUUUCCCUCAUGAAUGUUAGUUUUGUGAAUAAUCAAGAUGAAAUCACCAUUAUGUAUAGUAUAAUUGAGCCCAAUGAUUACUCUAAAAUUAUAUUUGUCUUAGGUGAAUCAGGUACAUUUGGGAUGUACAUUUGGGACAAUGGUAAAUGGGUCAAGUUAUGUUACCCAAAAGAGUCAUGCGAUAUAUAUUUAAAGUGUGGUCCAAAUAGUUACUGUGACCCAUACAAUGGGGAUGAGUUCGAUUGCGUGUGCUUACCCGGGUUCGAACCCAAGUCACCUCUUGAUUGGCGCAUUAGAGAUGGGUCAAGUGGGUGUGUAAGGAACCAAGGGGUGUCCACAUGUAAGAGCGGAGAAGGGUUCGUCAAGUUGGCAAGUGUGAAGGUGCCUGAUACUUCAAUAGCACAUGUAGACAUGAGUUUAAGUUUGAAAGAGUGUGAGCAGGAAUGCUUAAGGAAUUGUUCUUGUACAGCUUACACAAGUGCAGAUGAGAGUGAGGAAGGGAUUGGAUGCUUGACAUGGCAUGGGGACUUGGUCGACAUAAGAACAUUUUCUAAUGAAGGACAAGAUUUAUACAUACGCGUGGAUUCGGUUGUACUAGGUAAUACUUUAAGUAAUACUUGCCAAUGUCUUUUUAAUUAUUGCUACCACAUUAAUUGCUUGUGUGCUUAG